CACGUGCGUGCACGCGCUCUCACAGAGCCACAGUGAGUGAGGCAGAGUGAGCCGGAGUAAAGCCCGGUCUGCUACUGCUGCUGGUGCUACUGCUGCUGGUGCUACUGGUGGUGAUGGUGUUACUGGUGUUGGUGGGCGCUGGGGGGAUAUUUGAAUAAAAAAACGAAGUGAACACGAAAACACACAGAAACAAACACACAAGACACAAACACACACUCACACAAUCACAGAGAGAGAGAGAAAGAGAGCCUCCAUCCAGACUGGAGGGAUGUUUGCACGUGGAGCAGUGAGCAGCUAGCUGGAGCACUUUCUGUUGCUCCGCGCAGAACUCUCUCUCUCUCUCACACACACACACACGCACGCACGCACGCGCGCACACACACAAACACUUGCUGGCGGGCGGGCGCGCGCGCGGUGGACUUGCCCGGGCGGAGUUUUGUGGGGGACUUUCAGCUCGUCCUGCGUAUCCGAUCUGGAACCGGUUCCGAGCUGCUCGCGAGGCGGAUCCGGAUUGAGAGCGCUAAAUCAGAAGAGCGCUAAAUCUGCCAUGUAGCGCAGCUCUGCGCCUUUACCGCGAGCUACAGGAGAGCGGAGCGGAGUUCCCGGAGCGGCGGCUCUCUCCGGAGUUCUGGACCACUUUCACAAAACUUUCCUUCUCCACAGAGCAUCAUGAGAACUGCUGAGCUCUGCUUCCCCAACCCACCCGGAACCUAAACCAGAACCAGAACCUAAAUCCAGCCAGAAAACACACUGCCCUCCAGCCUGGAUACUGGACUAAUUUACUGGAUUCUACACUAAAAACUCCACAGAGCAGCUGGAACACUGGGAAUGAUGCCUCACUCACUGGGAAUGUACAUUUUACUGGGAUUAGUCCACAUCAGUGCAGGUUCACGUCUUCGUCAGGAGGACUCUCCCCCUCGGAUAGUGGAGCACCCCUCAGACCUGAUCGUGUCGAAGGGCGAGCCGGCCACACUGAACUGUAAGGCGGAGGGGCGGCCGUCCCCCACCGUGGAGUGGUAUAAGGAUGGCGAGCGCGUGGAGACGGACAGGGACAAUCCCAGAUCACACAGAAUGCUCUUGCCCAGCGGGUCACUCUUCUUCCUGCGCAUCGUUCACGGACGCCGCAGCAAGCCGGACGAUGGCAGCUACGUAUGUGUGGCCAGGAACUACCUGGGUGAAGCGGUCAGCCAUAACGCCUCGCUGGAAGUAGCCAUCCUGCGUGACGACUUCAGACAGAACCCUGCUGAUGUGAUGGUGGCAGAAGGUGAACCGGCCGUGUUGGAGUGUCAACCCCCUCGUGGGCACCCGGAGCCCACCAUCUCCUGGAGGAAAGAUGGAACCAACAUCAAUGACCGAGAUGAACGAAUAACGAUCCGCAGUGGAAAGCUGAUGAUCACUAAUGCGCGGAAGAGUGAUGCUGGGAAGUACGUGUGUGUAGGAACCAACAUGGUGGGAGAGCGGGAGAGUGAGAUAGCGGAGCUGACUGUGCUAGAGAGGCCGAGCUUCACACGGAGGCCGAGCAGCGUGGUGGUCUUAGCCGAUGAGAGCGUGGAGUUUCGGUGCGAGGCGCGGGGAGACCCCUUUCCCACCAUCCGCUGGAGGAAGGAGGACGGAGAGCUACCCAAGGGGAGGUAUGAGAUACUGGAGGACCACACGUUGAGCCUGCAGCGCGUGACCCCUGCUGAUGUGGGCUCCUACAGCUGCCUGGCCGAGAACAUGGUGGGGAAAGCCGAGGCGUCCGCUACGCUGACGGUGCAUGUGCCUCCUGCCUUUGCUGUGCGCCCCAGGAACCAGGUGGUGGGUGUGGGGCGAACGGUCACCUUUCAGUGUGAGGCCACGGGGAACCCCCAGCCUGCCAUCUUUUGGCAGAGAGAAGGGAGCCAGAACCUGCUGUUCUCCUACCAGCCCCCACAGCCCUCCAGUCGUUUCUCUGUGUCUCAGACCGGGGAUCUGACCAUCACGGACGUGCAGCGCUCAGACGGAGGCCUCUACAGCUGCCAGGCGCUCAAUAUCGCCGGCAGUGUCAUCACCAAAGCUCUGCUGGAGGUCACAGACGUGGUUUCGGAUCGGCCUCCUCCUGUCAUCCGUCAGGGUCCAGAGAACCAGACGGUAGCGGUGGACGGGACGGUGCUGCUGAAUUGCGUAGCAACAGGAACACCAACGCCAACCCUGCUCUGGAGGAAGGACGGCAUGCUUGUGUCCACUCACGAUUCACGCAUCACUCAGCUGGACAGCGGAGCGCUGCAGAUCCGUUACGCCAAGCUCGUGGAUACGGGAGUGUAUACCUGUGUGGCCACCAGUCCGAGCGGUGAAGCUUCAUGGAAGGCCUACCUGGCUGUGGAAGAGUUUGGAGUGGCAGUGCAGCCUGGCAGACCAACUGAUCCAAACCUGAUCCCCAGCGCACCCUCCAAGCCUGAGGUCACUGAUGUCACUCGUACCUCCGUCACACUGAGCUGGAAGGCUAGCCCUAAUGGAGCCACACCCACUUCUUAUGUUAUUGAGGCCUUCAGCCAUGCCUCUGGAAGCAGCUGGGUGACCCUUGCUGACCAUGUGAAGACCGAGUCCUUUAUACUGAAGGGUCUAAAACCCAGCGCAGUGUAUCUCUUUCUGGUGAGGGCAGCCAAUGCAUACGGUCUAAGUGAUCCCAGCCCCAUCACGGAUGCCAUUCGGACACAAGACACCCCUCCCACGAUCCAGGGCGUGGACCACCGUCAGAUUCAGAAAGAACUGGGGGACGUGGUGGUUCACCUGCACAACCCCACCAUCCUCUCCUCCUCCUCAGUCAGGGUGCAGUGGACGGUGGAGCAGCAGUCUCAGUACAUCCAAGGCUACAAGGUUAUGUACCGGCCCUCGUCGGACUCAGGUGAGCCCCGGGGUCAGUGGGGCGUGUUCGAGGUGCGGACUCCCGGCGAGGACGGAGCCGUGGUGCCUCAGCUCAAGAAGGGCGUCACCUACGAGUUCAAAGUGCGCCCGUUCUUCGAUGAGUUCCAGGGUGUGGACAGCGAGGUGAAAGUUGCGCGGACGUUGGAGGAGGCUCCCAGUGGUGCCCCACGUGGGGUCACUGUGACUAAGAGUGACACCAACGGGACAGCCAUCGUGGUAGCCUGGCAACCGCCUCCAGUGGAGGAGCAGAAUGGAGCGGUGCAGGAGUACAAGAUUUGGUGUCUUGGCAACGAGACCCGUUACCACAUCAACCGCACUGUGGAUGGUUCAACCUUUUCCAUCGUCAUCCCCAGCCUGUCCCCUGGCAUUCGCUACAGCGUAGCGGUCGCCGCUAGCAACGGAGCAGGCCCAGGGGUCAAGAGUGAUGUCACCUUUUUUCAGCUAGAUUCAUCUGGCCAGGUGUUGGAGAGCACGGAUGACCAGGACACUUUCUCUAACAUCUCUGAUGUAGUGAAGCAGCCAGCGUUCAUCGCUGGGAUCGGUGCCACGUGUUGGGUGGUGCUCAUGGUCUUCAGUGUGUGGCUCUACCGCCACCGCAAGAAGAGGAGCGGCCUCAGCAGCAGCUAUGCUGGCAUUCGCAAAGUCCCAUCCUUUACCUUCACCACAACAGUGGCCUAUCAGCGUGGAGGAGAGGCUGUGUGCAGCGCUGGACGGCCUGGCCUCCUGAACAUGGGAGAGACAGCCAAUCAGCCGUGGUUAGCAGACUCCUGGCCGAACGCCUGUGCCAAUCACAAAGACUGUAGCAUCAACUGCUGCAAUGGUGGCAACGGUACUAGCGACAGCAACCUGACCACCUACAGCCGUCCAGCCGACUGCAUCGCAAACUACAACAGUCAGCUGGAUAACAAGCAGGGGGUGAUGAUGGGCUCAGACUCAGCCGUCUACAGCGACGUAGACCUGUCCAACAAACUCAACGAGAUGAAGACCUUCAACAGCUCCGGUAUUUGCUACAUGGGUCCAGGAGGGAGUCCACCUACACCAUAUGAGCCCACACCUUACGCCACCACCCAGCUCAUCCAGUCAAACAUCAUGACCAAGAACAGCGGGGCGGGACCGGGGGCGGGGCCUGGCGACUUCAACGACAAGCGCUGGAAACCCCAGCAACCAAAACCCCCAGAGAUUACAUCUCAGAUGCAGUUUAACAUCAUGGAGCAAAACAGACUGAACAAAAAUCAUUACAGAGGGGGCGAGGUCAGCCUGCCUCCAACUAUCCCCUAUAACCAGGCAAAUGAGCACAGCUCAGCAGGGUCCUACCACAGCUCUGACAGAGGCAGCAAUAGCACCUCAGGGAGCCAAAAUUAUAAAAAAGGGACACGAACGCCAAAACUAGCCAAACAGAAUGCAGUAAACUGGGCAGAGCCACUACCCCCACCCCCUCUAAACCCCCCACCCAGCCGCAGCUGUGAGGACUACCUACAGCCUUUGGACAAGAGUUUUGAUCCAGACCCCCAGUGCCCCAUGCUGCAGAACCGCAUGUACCUGCACCAAGGAGAGAUGGAGGAAGAGGAGGAUGAAGGGCAGGAGAGUUUGGACAGGUGCCCCACGCCACCUGUCAGGGGGGCGGCCUCUUCCCCUGCUGGAAUGUCCUACAGUCACCAAUCCACAGCCACGCUCACCCCCUCCCCUCAGGGGGAUAUUCACCCAGGACUGCACAACAGCCAAGACGAGCGCAGACGACACACGGCCAGCCCCCCGCCUCCCCCGCGGCCCCUCUCGCCCACACACACUUACGGCUACAUCUCUGGCCCCGUAGCUCUGGACAGCGGGGAUCUGGAGUUAGAAGGUGAUGAAGAGGGUGAUCAGACAGAUGGAGAGUUGGGCCAGAGGCAAUACCAGCAGAACCCCAGCUCACAGUACCAGCCGCAGCAGCAGCAGACCCAGCAGCAGCAGCUUUCCCGUCGGCUGCAGCUGCACAGGGGUCUGGAGCAGACCCCCGCCUCCAGCACUGGUGACCUGGAGAGCUCCGUCACUGGUUCUAUGAUCAACGGCUGGGGCUCUGCCUCAGAGGAGGACAACGUGUCUUCCGGCCGCUCCAGCGCCAUCAGCUCCUCUGACGGCUCCUUUUUCACUGACGCAGACUUCGCCCAGGCUGUGGCCACAGCAGCAGAGUACGCCGGCCUGAGAGUGGCCCAUUAUCCAGGGCCUGUGGACCUCGUAGGAGGGGGUCAGAAAUACCACAUCGGCCACCGCCCCAAUAGCCCAGUGUCCACGGACAGCAACAUGAGCACUGCAGUGAUGCAGAGGAAGCCCCAUAAAAGGCACAAACCUCACACAGCUAAUCACCAGAGCCAGCAGCAGAAGCACCAACAACCGGAGGAAUACACAGAUGACCCUUCCAUGCCCCUGAGCCCCUCCUCAGCCGGAUUGAAGUCUCCCAGCCACGGCUCCAGGUGUAGCUAUGAAGAAAGGGGCGCCACGCUGCCCAGGAUGGGCUGUGGAGAGGCCAGAGAUAGGAGAGGAAGUGCAGGAGGCUACCGGACGAGAGAGGGGUCAGCUGAUCGACGAGGAGACCACGACAGGCAUCGGAAUCCACAUGGAGGAAAAGGCGCUGGUGGCAAAACACGCCAGUAUGCAGCUGCAGAGGAUAUUCCUCCAUACAACCGGCCCAACUUCCCGGCAGCACAGGGCCAGAAAGAGGCUCCUAGCUCUUCCAGCUCUGUCUCGUCCCGGGGCUCUGGAGGGCGACGGCGGGGGGAUGUGGCCCCAGGAAGCCGCAGAAACCCUAGUGAAACAGGGCUACCCAACCUGGGAGCCUUUUCCCACCAGGAAGAAGAGUUAGAGCUCCUGGAGAGCUGAGGGUCCAGUCAGGAGGAGAGACAGAAUCCUGAUGGGCGAGUGAAAACUCAUCCAGCAGCAGCGGACCAUACACGAUUCAGACCAUCUACAGCCAUUCACAAUUAUGUAAAUGAUCUGAUCUAUCAUCACAGGAAAAAAACAACAACUGACCAAUGUGUAAUGUUUUCUUUUUUUUAAUCUGUUGCAAUAUUUAAUCUUUCCAGAGUGAGGAAAAAAAAGGUGAUGCAUUUUGAGGGGUUUUGUUUUCUGGAGUUAGGUGCUGAUUCUUUCUGCUUUAAAGCCCCAUUGACUUGAUGUGAGUUUGUGGAGAGCGGGUAUGUUCUCACAGCCGGCUCCUCGGCGCUGUAGUGCGCUGCUCUGUGACUGUGAGAGGAACUGUGCACGGGAGCAAAGUACCACCAUCAGUAGACCAUCAGUAGACCAUCAGUGGACCAUAAGCACAGACAGAAGUUUCCUUCACUCUUCUACAGAUGGUCAGUGUGGUCUUCUCCGCACUUCUCGUCUCUCCACACUCUCUAGACUCUUUCCUGCAAAUGAAACGUUGGGUUGCGAGGGUCACUAUUGUAAAUUUGACCAAAUCAUUGAAUCAUUGAAAGAAGUGCUGCCAUAGGAUUUGUUUUUAUAAUGCACUGUUGUCAUUUUGUUAUUGAUGUUAUUGUUAUUGAUUAUUUUUUACUUUUUUAAUUAUUAUUUUAACUUUGGUUUCAAAAGCACAAUCCCUAACCUUUUUAUUUUAAACCCAUUCUUAUGUAUGAAGCGUUCCACGUGUAUAUGGUGAAAAUGGCGUCUUGUUAAGCAUCGUGAGGAUGAGAUUGGAUGAACAGAGAUGAGAGGCUUAUUUGAUACGUUUUUAUUUCUGCAAAUGAACAGGAUGGAAAAUGGGACGUCUCUCUUUUCAUUUAAGGUGUCGUGAGGAAAAAGAAAAAGAAAAAACAAACAUAAUCACGUUAUCCGAACAGGGAUAGACCAUGGAGUAGCAAUUUGUCAUCUCAUAACCCAUGACAACAUGUUACAUUUGAUGAGACAAAUGCACUUAAAUGAGGGUGAAACAAGAAAAUGUGCAAUGGGCAAUAUCUUUAUAGAUUAAGAAGACUCGGAUCCGGAGCGUCCUUUCCAUUUUGCGUCGAGGAGUGGCGAUCCCACAACAAGCUGUGCACUGUUGUUGUAAUGAUAUGAAUGUCUGCCGCAGCCGAACAGCGAGUCGUUCUUUGGACUUUAUCCGUCAGGCCGUGGGUCAGGGCUUGGCUCUGUCUGUGUUGGACAGCAGUAACGGAGGACUUCAUUAGUGAGGGAGGGGCUUCCUCUGGUGCUCUCCUAGCACACGGCUGCUUCUACGGUUUGGACCCAUGCUAUUGCAGUACCUUUUUUCUUUAAUUUUAUCAAAUUAAUGAACAAUGUGUGUGAGAAUGUUCUCUGAGGAAAAAAGAAACUUGUGCUGUCCAUCAUUGUUUGGUGUUUACUAUGUUAAGAUAAAAGUACAACUGCUUUAAAUUGUCAGCCAACUUUUCAUGACUGAUGAGCUCAUAUUUAGAGUAAAAUGAAACAUUGUCAUUUCCCACCUUAUUUAUUAUUAAAACAUUUUUCAAAUGCCA